CACUCUGCAACUGCUAUAUUAUAUGUGCAAAUCAUAAAUAACUUUUUUAUAAUUCAAGUGUCUUCGUCAACCUCUAGAUCUAAAUGUGACUUUGAACUUCUCCAGAUUUUUAAUUGGCUCUUUAUAUCAAGAAAACUUUUUUUGGGCCACAGAUCCGGCUCUGUGUGCAAAUCAUACAUCUACUCAAAAUUCUCUAUAAUAUCUGUCUUCCUUGUUUUUUUUUGUAUGGCUUCAUCUUCUUCUUCUCCCUCCUCCUCUUCUUGCAAUUGGCCAUACGACAUAUUUCCGAGCUUCAGCGGAGAAGAUGUCCGCAAGACAUUCCUCAGCCACUUUCUAAAGGAGCUAGAUCAGAAACUGAUCAUUGCUUUCAAAGACAAUGAGAUUGAGAGAGGCCAAUCGCUUGAUCCCGAGCUUAAACAGGCGAUUCGGGGUUCAAGAAUAGCCGUGGUCGUGUUCUCCGAAAACUACGCCUCUUCCAGUUGGUGCCUUAACGAGCUGCUUGAGAUCGUGAAAUGCAAGAAAGACUUGAACCAAGUGGUGAUACCGAUUUUCUACCGUUUGGAUCCUUCCCACGUGAGGAAACAAAAUGGAGACUUUGGGGAGAUCUUUGAGAAGACAUGCCAAAAUAAAUCAGAUGACGAGAAAAUUCAAUGGAGGAGAGCUUUGACCGAUGUAGCUAACAUUUUGGGAUAUCAUAUAGUCACCUGGGCUAACGAAGCAAACAUGAUAGAAGAAAUAGUCAAUGAUGUUUUGGGUAAACUAAAUUUAUCUGCAUCAGCUAAUUUUGAUGAGUUUGUCGGAAUUGAAGAUCAUAUCAAAAAGAUGAGUACAUUGUUGUACUUGGAGUCCGAAGAAGUGAGGAUGGUUGGGAUAUGGGGUCCCUCUGGAAUAGGCAAGACUAUCAUUGCAAGAGCUCUAUUUACUAGACUCUCUCGUCUGUUCCAAAGCAGUGUCUUCAUAGACAAAGUUUUCAUAUCUAGAAGUACUAAAGAAAGAGCUGGUCUAGUUGACUAUAACACGAAGUUGGAUUUGCAACGAAAUUUUCUAGCGUUACUUUUAGACAAAAAAGAUAUAAAGAUAGAUCACAUAGGUGGGAUUGAAAAGAUGCUCAAGCACCGAAAAACGCUUAUCGUUAUUGAUGAUUUGGAUGAUCAAGAUGUGCUAGAUGCCAUAGCGGGUCAAACACAAUGGUUUGGGAGUGGGAGUAGAAUCAUUGUGGUUACUAAAAAUAAGCAUCUCUUAAGGGCCAAUAGGAUUGAUAAGUUUUACGAGGUCUGUCUCCCAUCUUAUGACCUUGCUCUUGAGAUGUUUUGUCGAUCCGCUUUCAGGCAGAACUCUCCACCCGAUGGCUUUUCUGAGCUUGCUUCUGAAGUUAUAUCGCUUGCCGGUAACCUUCCGUUGGGUCUUGAAGUUUUGGGGUCUUCUUUACGUGGUAGGGACAGAGAAGACUGGAUGGAUAUGAUGCCAAGGCUUCGAAAUGGUUUGGAUGGAAAAAUUGAGAAAACACUAAGGGUGAGUUACGAGGAACUAAAUAACAAGAAAGAUGAAGCAAUAUUUCGUCACAUUGCAUGUCUUUUCAAUGGUGAGAGUGUCAAUGACAUCAAGCAGCUACUAGCAGAUAGUAACUUGGAUGUUAAUAUUGGGCUAAAAAACUUAGUUGAUAAAUCCCUUAUUAAAGAAAGUUACCAUAUUGUAUUGGACAUGCAGUCUUUGCUACAAGAGCUAGGUAAAGAGAUUGUCCGUGCACAGUCCGAUGAGCCUGGUGGUGACUGGGAUGUUAAUGCUUUGUUUCAAAACGUAGUUGAGAAAUUUGUUCAUGAAAGAGACCAUAAAACCGUGGAAAUGCACUCUUUGGUUCAAGAGCUCGGUAAAAACAUUGUCCGCGAACAAUCUGAUGAGGCAGGUAAUAGGGAAUUCCUUGUGGAUUUAACGGAUAUUUGCGAUGUACUUGAAGACGACACUGGUACUACUAAAAAGGUUUUGGGUAUAGCAUUGAAUGUAGAUGAGACAAAUGAAGUGGAUAUACAUGAGGAUGCCUUCAAAGCAAUGCGCAAUCUCCUUUUUCUAAAAAUGUCCACUAAGAAAGAAUGGAAUUUACCAGAAGGCGUCAACUAUUUCCCCCCUAAACUAAGACUAUUGUCUUGGGAUAACUAUCCAAUGAGAUUUUUGCCAACUAACUUUCGUCCUAAAAAUCUUGUUAAGAUCCAAAUGCGGGAGAGCAAGCUAGAGAAGUUGUGGGAUGGAGUUCAAUAUCUUAAUAUCGCUGAGUUUUCAGAAUGCGGGGCAUUGGCGGAAUGCAGCUGGAGUCAUGAUGAUAGUUCAAGUGAGGUGACAAUGUCAACAGACGAUAUCCAACCAAAGUUUAUUGACGAUCCUUCUUGUCCCCCAAAGGGUUACUUCUCAAUGCUGAAUCUUAGUUUCGUUGACUGCUUCAACUUCGAUGCAAAUGCUCUUAUCAGUCAACAGUCAGCUUUCAUGACACUGAUACUACUAGGUGAAGAAGUGCCUUUGUAUUUCACUCACCGUGCUACUGGAGCCUCUCUUAGUAGUAUCCCACUACCUAACAUCUCUACCUCGCAACCGGUCUUCAGCUUCAGGUGUUGCGUCGUGGUCGAUGCUACUGGACCUGAUUCGUUUGAGGUCGGGAUUUGUUUAGGUUUCAUGGACAGACUCGGGAACCUCUUGGAAUAUUUUGAUAUGAUACAAUGCUUCUCGGCAGAUGUACAGAAGUCAGGUAGUUAUCUGGCUAUAUUCGACUAUUACUGCCCUCUAACCGUAGAGAUUACUCCUCUGGUUGAUCAGCUCAAGAACGGUCAUAUGGAUAUACAGUUUUGUCUCACACGUGACGAUUCCAAGCUUCAAAUAAAACGUUGCGGUAUACAAUUUCCCGAUCGAGAACGGUCAAGCAACCAUGCUAACUUUGGGGGGCCAUGA